AUGCGAUUGACGCAAGCCUCUUCCAUUCUUGGGUGUUGGUUGUUGGCAGUGACGUUGGUGGACGCCGCGCCGAAUCCAGAGGAACCAUUGUUCAAUCUUCCCGUGCAGCUGAUCGGCUUCCCGGUGAUCGUAGCCACUGUGAGGAUCACCAACUUCGUAAAGAAACUCGCCUACUCGUUGAACCCAGAAACUUACGUCAGCCGAGUGAGACGAGAUCUUCCUCUGGUCCACGACGAAGAGAUCCUCAAUGUCGAUCAAGUGGAGAAGAAGUUGGUAUCGGAAUUGGGCAACAACGUUUGCGUUUAUGAGAGAAUUUGCGCGAAAUAUGCCACCCAAACUCUGCAGAAACGAAGCAGGGAACGAGCUCUUGAUUGGGACAUUAUUUUCAGCGAGUACAAAUCAUCGCCGAUCCCGAUGAAGGAGAAUUAUUUAUUGAGCGUGUUCCUGGGCGACAUCAUAGGCAGCCCGCGACUCUGUCACCAGUUGGCGAAACGAGGAAGACGCUGCGACGAGGCCACGCUCUCCGAUUAA